AUGGUGCCCAUGUGGUUGCUGUGCCUCGCUGGGCUUCUCCUCCCUCAGAUUUAUGGGGUUUCUGCAGAUUCUGGAGCUGCCGUGGCAGAUAUUGCUGCACCGGAUCCCAUUGGUCUAGUGGAAAGAGACUACCUCUCUGGUGCCGACUCUGAAAUCCAAAAUAUUGAGGGCGUGGAUGAAGUUGAUGGUCUUCAAAAACGUCACUCAAUGCCAAAAUUCUAUCCAGGGCCAAAAGGAGAACCAGGUGACCGUGGAAGAAUGGGGCCAAAAGGUGAACCAGGUGAGGCUGGACAUCCAGGAAUGAUGGGACGUCCAGGACGCCCUGGAAAGAAUGGACAGCCAGGUCCUAGAGGUGUUCCUGGGACUCCAGGAGCAAGAGGCCGACCAGGUUACCCUGGAGCAGCAGGAACACCAGGUGAAAAUGGCAGGAAUGGAAUCAAUGGGCAAAGAGGAAUGGACGGUGACACUGGAGCAACUGGAGCGCCAGGACCUCAAGGAAACCGAGGAGAAACAGGAAUGAAAGGUGAAGUAGGUGACCCAGGACCACAAGGCCCUCCAGGAACCUUCUUUGUGUGGAGGCCAUGUGCCUUUGCAGUCAAGUUGGGUGCUGGCAGUACAACAUCUGGGCAACCAACUGAAUUCCGAGAAGUUCUGUAUAAUGAACAAGGUGCUUUUAACCUUAUCACAAGCACUUUUGUUUGCCCAUAUAGUGGUGUAUAUGCCUUUUAUGCUCACUUAGAAGUGAAUAGAAGAGGUGCCCUUGUUUCAAUUGUGGUAAAUGGUCAGACCAUUUAUCAAAAUUACCAGUCAUAUUCUUCAUAUUCUGAAAUGUCAACUGUGGCUACAAUUGUAAAAUUGAAAGUAGGUGAUAAAGUUUGGAUACAACCUGAAGAUUCAGAAAAUGGUAUUUGUCAUAACACUUACUUCAUGGGAUACCUGAUUUAUGAAUGUAAAUAG